AUGAGAGGUGACAAGUUCACCCUGAGAGACUCUCUAUGCUUGAAAGUUGACGGUGGACGUGGAGUAUGCUUGAAAGGUGACGGGGGACGUGGAGUAUGCUUGAAAGGUGACGGUGGACGUGGAGUAUGCUUGAAAGGUGACAGUUGCGACUUCAACCAUUCUUAUACACUUCCUCGGCGUGAAGAGGUGGAAAAACACCAAAUUGAGUUAUUCAAAGAAGAGAUUCUGAGUUACAUGAGGAAGUGGAUCUCUCCGCAUGAAUUUCUUCAAAAGGUUCUAGAUUUCAACUUGAAAUCUCUGUUGGUGGAUUUGGCAGCCACAUUCAACGUUCGCUACCCGGAGAGACAAAGACUUCUAGUAUGA